AAACCCCAGCACCUACGCUCUCUAUCUCUCUCUCUAAAAAGCUAAUAAUCUCACACCUAGCAACUCCCCACUCUCUGUAUAAGCACACACAGAUGCACACAGAUAUAUAAAUAUAUAUUGCAGUAUUCAAAUCUGAAUUCUCUAGCUCAAUCAUGAAGAACAAAAACAUCAAGAAGAAGAAAUCCUCAGCUCUGAAGGGAACGAACAAGGGCACUAAAAGGUUUGCAAUCAACCAAGACCCGUUUUUUGACACCGAACCCAAACGCAGAAGAACAUUUGAAGACGAUGAGGAUAUAGAGAGCAGUGCCGAAGGUUCCGAAGAUUUUGAUGACGAAAAACCUUAUGGCGGAGAAGACAGUGCGGCGGAGGAGUCGGGAGAGGAAGAGACUGCGGCGGAGAAGAGGAAGAAGGUGGCGGAGGCGUAUUUGGAGAAGAUAAGAGCAAUAGCGAAGAGGGAGAAGGAGGAAGAAGAUGAAGAGAGAGAGAGUGGUGAGGAGGGGGAGAGAGAAGGUGAGAGGGACUCGCUGGUGGCGCAGAUUUUGCAGCAAGAGCAACUCGAGGAUAGCGGACGAGUUCGGAGGUCGAUUGCUCUAAGGGUUCAAAAGCCAGAAGCUACUGAUGGCUUUCGGGUAUUAGGGAAGCAUCGACAGUCAGUUACAGCCGUAGCUCUAUCAGAGGAUGACUUCAAGGGUUUUUCAGCUUCAAAGGAUGGAACUAUUGUUCACUGGGAUGUAGAUCAUGGGAAAGGAGAAAAAUACACAUGGCCUAGUGAGGAAGUACUGAAGUCUCACGGUGCAAAGGAUCCACAAGGUCGAGCUAAAAAACACAGUAAACAUGUUCUUACCUUGGCUGUUAGCUCUGAUGGUCGUUAUUUGGCAACUGGAGGCUUAGAUCGUCAUGUUCAUUUAUGGGAUAUCCGUACGCGAGAGCAUAUUCAGGCUUUUCAAGGUCAUAAGGGACCUGUGUCAUGUUUAACUUUCAGGCAAGGAACUUCAGAACUGUUCUCUGGUUCAUUUGAUCGAACAAUAAAGAUAUGGAAUGCAGAAGACAGAGCUUACAUAAACACAUUAUUUGGUCACCAAAAUGAAGUGUUAACUAUUGAUUGUUUGAGGAAAGAGCGAGUGUUGACUGUUGGUCGAGAUCGAACUAUGCACUUGUGGAAGGUCCCUGAGGAGUCGCAGUUAAUAUUUCGUGCUCCAGCAUCAUCUCUCGAGUGUUGCUGUUUUAUCAGUAAUGAUGAAUUCUUAUCAGGCUCCGAUGAUGGAAGUAUUGAGCAUUGGAGCGUUCUACGAAAGAAGCCUGUUCACAUCGUUAAAAAUGCUCAUACUUUGUUGACUUCUCAGAAUUUGGAACAAAGAGAUAAUGAAGGAUUAUCAAAUGGACACAGAGAAAGUGGCAUUAGUCCUGAAACCUCUUGUUCAUCAGCAUACUCGUGGGUUAGUUCCAUUACUGUAUGUAGAAACAGUGAUAUUGCUGCGUCAGGGGCUGGUAGUGGUUCUAUUCGUCUAUGGGCAAUUGAAAAUGAGUCCAAAGGCAUCCGGCCUUUAUUUGAGCUUCCAAUGGUUGGAUUUGUAAAUUCAUUGGCUUUUGCAAAAUCUGGACAGUUCCUGGUUGCUGGAGUUGGGAAGGAACCACGUCUAGGAAGGUGGGGAUGUCUACCUGCUGCUCAAAACGGAAUUGCAAUACACUCCUUGAAGCUCUCAUGAAAUUGGGCAGAAAAAAUGCUCUUCAAUUUUGACUGACCAGAAUUGAACUCCCAUCGGAAAAGAAUUUAGCAUCUGUGCAUUUUUGUUGUCUCUGUGGAUUCAUCAACAACAAUUUAGCAUCUGUGCAUUUUUGUUGUCUCUGUGGAUUCAUCAACAACGGCAGUAUAAUUGGCCCUCCUGAGUUUUUCUUUAUUUUUGUUUUGUUUUGCUCGUCUUUUAAUUCGGCCCAAGUAACGAGGGAAUACAUGUGGAGAAGCUGAUAGCUCCUGUGGUAGAAAUUUUCUUAGUCACUUGGACACGGUUUCGGGUCUUGCGCAGGUGAAUUGUACUGCUGAGUUUGUUCAGUAUUAACCCUACAUUAAUAUGAAAGCCUUGAGAGAAUUCCUUUUUCUUGUUUUGAUACCAUGAAAAACAAAGGGUAUUUAGUAUGGAAACAACUCUACGAGGAAUAAGUAUUUAAUUUACAUAGUACGGAGUAUUAUUCUUUUA